AUGGCAUUAUAACUUCAAAAUAAACUUUAAGAAGUCUUAAUGGUUUUUGAAGACACUUUCAGAAAUUCUUUAUAACAAGAAAUGAGUUAAUAAGAUUUAUAAGAAAGAGCCACUUAUAUGGUCUAAUAUCAAAAGGAAUUAAUUACACUUAUUGAUAAAAUGCCAGAUAUUGAUGAUUCUAUAUAAAAAAAUAAAUUAUAGGAAUACUUCCUAGAAAAAGAUAUAUAAAUUGAUAGACAUAAUUAAUUAAAAAAAGAACUAAAUGAAUUAAGUGAAAUAGUAGAUACUAAAAUUUAAGAAUUUUUCACUUAAUAAAAAUUAUGA